AUGUUAAUAAUAUCCAAAACUAGAACCUCUUUAUUUUUAUUUAUUCAAAAUAAUAUAUUAAUUAAUUUAUUUAAUUUAUUUAUUUUAUUAAUAUUUAUUUGUUAUGGAAAUACAAAUAUUCCACAAACUGUUUUGGCUAAUGAAAAUGCUAAAAGACUUUUUGAUGAUUUAAUGAUGUCAUAUAAUAGACAUAGAAGGCCAGCAAUUUAUCCAAAUGAAGCAAUUAAUGUUUAUUUAAGGCUUAGACUUUCACAAAUUAUUGAUGUGGUAAUUAUUUUAAAAAAUUAUUAUUAA